GACGUGGCCGCGCCGCCGCCAUAUUGCGGAUGCAGCAGCGAGCGGGGAGCGAGACGCGGGCGGAGCAGCGAUUUAGCAAAAGAGCGCAGCGUCAACGGCGAUAAUAACUACAGCAGCAGCUAGUAGCUGGCGAUACGAGCGAUAAGUACCCGCUUCGCUAGGCGUGAGCGUGAGAGAGCCGCCCCUUGCUGUCGUUGACGCCCGUGAGGACAGCGCCAUGAGGACGUCGCCCCUCGCGCCGGUGCUCGCGUUGCUGCUGCCCCUGCUGUGCGGCCUCGGGGAGGCGGACGAGCACGACCACGAGUACAAGGAUGGCGAUGAGGUGGUGCUGUGGAUGAACACCGUGGGACCGUACCACAACCGGCAGGAGACCUACAAGUACUUCUCCCUGCCGUUCUGCGUCGGCAACAAGAAGAGCAUAAGCCACUACCAUGAAACACUCGGAGAGGCCCUGCAGGGCACGGAGCUCGAGUUCAGUGGUCUCGACAUCAAGUUCAAAGAGGAUGUUUUUCAAACGACCUACUGCAACAUUGAACUGGACAAGGAGAAACAUAAAUCCUUUGUGUACGCUGUGAAGAAUCACUACUGGUACCAAAUGUACAUCGAUGAUCUUCCUAUCUGGGGCAUCGUCGGUGAGGCGGACGAGAACGCGGAGAGCCAGUAUUUGUGGACGUACAAGAAGCUGGAAAUUGGCUACAAAGACAACAAGAUAGUGGAUGUGAACUUGACGAGCGAGUCCAAGGUCAAGCUGGUGCCCAACACCAAGAUCCCGCUAUCUUACUCCGUGAAAUGGAAGAAAUCUGAAGUGAAAUUUGAGAGUCGAUUUGAUAAGUACCUGGACCCUUCCUUCUUCCAACAUCGGAUUCACUGGUUUUCCAUCUUCAACUCGUUCAUGAUGGUGAUUUUCCUGGUGGGGCUGGUGUCCAUGAUCCUCAUGCGCACGCUCAGGAAAGACUAUGCUCGCUACAGCAAAGAGGAGGAGAUUGACGACAUGGAGCGGGACCUGGGCGACGAGUACGGAUGGAAGCAGGUGCACGGAGACGUGUUCCGCCCCGCCACCAACCCCGUCAUGUUCACGGCACUCAUUGGCUCCGGAUCACAAGUCUUCUUCGUCUCCCUCAUCGUCAUCGUCGUGGCUAUCUUCGGAGACCUCUACACCGAGCGAGGCUCCAUGCUCAGCACGGCCAUCUUUGUUUAUGCCGCCACCUCCCCCGUGAACGGAUACUUUGGAGGGAGCCUCUACUCAAGGCAGGGAGGACGCAAGUGGAUAAAGCAGAUGUUUGUCAGCGCGUUCCUCAUCCCGGCCAUGGUGUGCGGAACCGCCUUCUUCAUCAACUUCAUUGCCAUCUAUUACCAUGCGUCUAGAGCGAUACCGUUCGGCACCAUGGUGGCGGUGGCGUGCAUAUGCUUCUUUGUGAUCUUACCUCUGAACCUGGUGGGGACCAUCUUGGGCAGGAACCUCUCGGGGCAGCCCAACUUCCCGUGCCGUGUGAACGCGGUGCCAAGGCCCAUCCCUGAGAAGAAGUGGUUCAUGGAGCCCGCCGUCAUCGUGUGUCUGGGAGGCAUCCUUCCCUUCGGCUCGAUCUUCAUUGAGAUGUACUUCAUCUUCACGUCGUUCUGGGCGUACAAGAUCUACUAUGUCUACGGCUUCAUGCUGCUCGUGCUCGUCAUUCUGUGCAUCGUCACAGUGUGCGUCACCAUCGUGUGCACCUACUUCCUACUCAACGCCGAGGACUACCGCUGGCAAUGGACAAGUUUCCUCGCGGCUGCUUCCACAUCUGCCUAUGUGUACAUGUACUCCAUCUACUACUUCUUCUUUAAAACAAAGAUGUACGGCUUUUUUCAAACCUCUUUUUACUUUGGAUACAUGGCUCUGUUCAGCCUCGCUUUGGGAGUGAUGUGCGGAGCCGUUGGCUACAUGGGAACAAGUGCCUUUGUUCGGAAGAUCUACACCAAUGUGAAGAUAGAUUAAACUAUGGGAUUGCCCACUGACGCAUCUGCACCAAAAGAAUUGAAAGUCUCGGCAUUGUACAUCGUAUUGAAAAUUGUUGAUGGUGUGGCGCUAAAAUUGACCUCAUCACAAAAAUCUUGUCACUUUGCUUUUGUCCUGAGGGCUGAUGCAAAUGACCUGAUGGUUCACAGAGCAACAUCGUCAGUCAACCAGAAGAAAACCCCCGCAUCUCUUCAGUGAAGAGUGAACUGAGUCGCAGGAACUCUACCUAAUUAUCAUCCAGGAAAGAGGGAGUAAUCCUAGCAAGAGUAAAUAUCCACCAUUUUAGUUCAUCAUUUGGCAUGCACUGGUCUAACUGUACAAAUAAAACCAUCAAUUUCCAUACCUAUGAUGUUACUGUAUGUUGUAAACACGUUUCAGUGGUUGAACUUGACAUUAUUCUAAACAAAGUACUUUUUUGUGCAAAUAUGAGGUCAGGUCAAGAUUGGACUGAACCAUCCUUUUUCUUUUUAUGUUGUGGGCAGAUUUGUUUUGGUAAAGUAUAUAGGUUUCUGUGAUGUGGCUUUUAUUGAUCUCCUGUUGUUCGUGUGAAGCAAAAGAGAAGAGAUGAGGGUUAAUGAUUUAACAUUACAUAAGGGAGUGGGGAUAUAUUUUAAAGGGUGCAUUGAGAAAUAUUGUCAUGUUGGCUUUGCACUGAAUCUGGUUUUGUUUUUUGUUUUUUUUAUUACUUGUACGAAUCUGUAUUCAUUUUAAAAUUUACAGUUACGUCAUGCGACAUCAGUACGUUUUCUUAGCCGCACUUCCGUAACGCCCCUGCAGUGGCCUGCAGUGACCACGUUUCUCGACACCGUUAUUUCUCUCUUCCGUUAUAGCUUUGCGACUGUGAACGCUCGGCGUGUAGAUUAUAACGGAAACGCAAAAGUGAAAAAAAUAUGCUAUCAGGCAAUGGGCUGUGCCAUAAAGUGAUUACGUUUCUCCAUUGCUUUAUGUAAAUAUUUACGAUAUUGUAGAUGUUCAUCAAUGUUGGUGGUUUGUUGAUUAAGAGUAGAUUACAAUACAUGCAGAAUGGUCCCGUUGUGGUGUGCUGUAUUUAUUUCACCACGUUCGUGAGUGUAACGCAAACAAAAAAAACCCAAUCUGAUUUCCAUUUUCCCUUCAUGACUUAAUGUUACCAACAUGUUAUUGGUACAUUGCACUGCUACUUAAUCAUGCUGCAUAUGGUGUGACGCAUAUUGGAACCAAUGGAAUUAAAUCUCUUCGAUUCCACAAUAAUAAAAAAUCAUUGAUUUGGAAUAUGUAUAGCUGCUGUUAAGAGCAUUAGUUGUGUGGUCAUGCCAUGCAUGCAUAAGGGUGGUUUACGGGGUGGGUAAGUGCAGUACUGGCUGUGGCUCGCAUUUCUUACAAAGCCACGUGCUGUUAAAUUCCCGACCAGUGCAGAGCUAACGUGCAUUUGUUCUGGCCCUACAUUAUAGGGAGCGCCAGUGUUUUGACUUUGGAACAAUUUGGCUCAUAACCACGUCUUUUCCAUCUCUAAUGGAGCAUUUGAUUUAGCCUUGGUUUUACAGUGUGCGUGUCAGGAAGUGGUUAUUUAAAUGUUACUUUUUUAAUAAGAGUUAUUUUUUAAGAAAUUUAACAUUUCUUGUUAGGCAGUUGGGGGUGGGUGGGUUGGUGAGGUGGUUGGCGAUAUUGAAAUUUAAAACUUGCAGAAAUGGUCAAAAUGAAACAUCUACCGUUUUACAACAGUGAAUUGUACACUGAACACAUGCACACAGUAAUGCCAAAACUCGUAUUGGCUGGUGCGUGUAGAAUGCUACGGCCCACGUGUACAUUAUUGUUUGGUUCUUGUAACUUAGAUACGUAGGAGUUGGCAUGCAAGUUCCCUGGAACGAUGAAUUGUCUGUUUCCAAUGCAACUUCACAUCGUGGGGACUGCAGUAUUUUCAGGCAGAUCUCCGUUUGAAAAGCAGUGCACGUGGAGAGUAAUGGAGCGCUAUGGAUAUGUUUAGGUUUACGUGGGCAGGGUUAAUCAAACGAUUAGGAGUCUUCGUGUGGUCUAACUGGGUGGGGCACAUGUUAUAUGCAUUUAUACAACAUCGCGUGAAUUCCCAGGGAUUGAGUAGGCUGAUGUGUUCGAAUAACGCUCACCUAAACUAACCAUCAUUGAGUCAACAAAACCGUGCGAACAACGUGGAAUGAGCAACCUCCCUUCAGAGUUGAAUUGACCAGUAACUGAUCUGUGUGAUGUAAAUUGUAUUGUGUGCGCGCGCGUGUAUAAAACACCUACAACGGUAGCGUGUUCGUUGACUGGCAUCCUAUAAUCGUUGCGGCCGCAGUUCAUUCCUUUGCCAUACUCCGAGGCAAUGUGUGAUGAACCUGAAUUCUCCAGGCUUGCAUCGGAUUCCGAAGCUGCAAAACAAACUAGUACUGUAUAAUUCUGUAUAUAUGUAGUGGAGUGUGUGUUAGGAUAUACACGUACGUACACAUGUUUAGAGAUGUAUGCACACACACUAUUUGGCACUCGUUUGUAACAUGCGAAGAUUGAGCUUUUUAUUUCCCCAUGAAGAGUUUGUCAACUCUGUCAAGACAUUGAAAAAAGUGACGCAUUCGGGUCCGUCUGGAUCUUUGGAGCAUUGAAUGUGAUGAUGCUAUUUAGUCAGAUUGUACAAUGGGCCAAGAUCCUUAUUAAUCGAAUAGAGGUACGGGCUAGCAUGUUUGGUACAACCUCUUAACUGGGAGUCUCAUUUAUUGAAGAAAAAGAUGUUUCUGCAGAUGGUGGUUAUUCAGCCUUGGGAGAUCAGCUUUGUAUAAAUGAAAAAUACUGUAAUAAUUUAAAAAUAUAUAAUAAAUUCCCAUUUUGGUGUUC